GGCGGUUCUAGCAACUUCCACAGGCGUUAAAUGUGAAGGCGGCCGGGCAAGGGCGGGCAUUUGGGUGUAGGAGAGCGGGCUCCGAGGGUAAUCGGCUGGGGCUGUGUAUUGACUGCAAGUGGGCAAUAAGGGUACUCAGCCAGCGUGAGCCACUGGGUACAAAGUGACUGCAUACCCAGAGUGAGUGGGCGCUCGGUUAUAUACUCGGGGAUACAGUGAGGGCACUUGGCCGGUACCCGUCUCCGGAAGGCACUUGGUGAGCGGAAGCCCAGAUGGCCAAGUGGGGACAGGGAGACCCCCGCUGGAUCGUGGAGCAGAGGGCAGAUGCCACCAACGUCAAUAACUGGCACUGGACGGAGCGAGAUGCCACCGGCUGGUCCUCCGAUAAGCUGAAGGAGCUGUUAAUGGCGGUGAGAGUGGACGGGGAGGAGGGAACCUGCGAGGUGACCGAAGUUAGCAAACUGGACGGAGAAGCUUCAAUCAACAACCGCAAGGGCAAACUCAUCUUCUUCUACGAGUGGGACAUCAAGCUGAACUGGACCGGGAUCUCCGUGACGGGCGUGAAAUAUAAAGGGCACGUGGAGAUCCCGAAUCUUUCGGAUGAGAAUGACGCCAGUGAAGUGGAGAUCAGAGUUUCUUUGGCCAAGGAUGAGCCUGACACCAACUUGACGGCUCUAAUGCGGAAGCAGGGAGCGCUGCGGAUACGAGAGGCCAUCGCGCAGUAUAUUUCCACCCUGAAAACCGAAUUCACACAAGGAAUGAUUCUUCCCACGGCGAAUGGCGUCUCGCACACGGGGGUCCCGGGGAUCAAGCCGAAAACGGAUGUGCAAACGGCGCAGACAAACGCCUCGGUAACGUGUCAGACCACAGGCGUGAAAAUCCCCACGUGUAAAGUUACGCUGAAAGAGACUUUCCUGACCUCUCCGGAGGAGCUGUACAGAGUGCUGACGCGGCAGGAGCUGGUGGAGGGGUUCACUCACGCUCCUGCGUCCCUAGACCCAACCAAGGGGGGGAAGUUCCAGCUCCUGGGAGGGAACGUCAGCGGGGAGUUUAUGGAUCUGGAACCAGAGAAACGGAUCGUCAUGUCCUGGAGGUUUAAGUCGUGGCCGGCAGGUCAUCAUGCCACCAUCACACUCACCUUCACAGAUAAGGGUGGGGAGACAGAGCUGCGCAUGGAGGGCCGAGGGGUCCCGCAGAGCGAGGAGGAGCGGACAAAGGAGGGCUGGAAACGAUAUUACUUUGAUGGCAUGAAGCAGACGUUUGGAUUCGGAGCGCUGCUCUUAUAGGGGCCGACGGGCCGGCAGGGUUUUUUAUUUCUACAAAACUAUAAAAAAGGAAACUCGUCUUGUGGACUGAAGCGUGUAUUUAACUUGCUGGGGGGCGGGGGGGGAUCAUCGUCUGAAGAGCUUGUGAUUCAGGUCGAGUUCCACGGACGGGCAGACUGUUGGGGGGGCGGGGUCCGUCCUGGAGCGGGGGGUCUGGGGAAUUUCUCAUGAGCAGUGUAUAUUGUUUGACUGUGCAGCACAGCACUGUGUAUAUUGUCACCACAAUAAAUAACUUAUCUGCCUUUA